AUGGUUUCCGAUUCUAAGGUGUACGGGUUCUUUCACCCAUACUGCAAUGCUGGUGGUGGUGGUGAACGUGUACUGUGGCAAGCAGCCAAUGACACUCUGAAUAAGAAGAGCACAAAUCGAAUUGUCGUAUACACCGGUGAUGUCGAUUCCGAUGAUGAGAUCUUCAAGAACGUUGAGAAGAGAUUUGACAUACAUUUGGAUAAGCAACGUGUUCAGUUCGUAAGACUCUCAACACGGUGGGCCGUGGAUCCGAAUCAAUGGCCGGUAUUGACGUUGUUAGGCCAGGCCCUGGGAUCAGUAGUCCUAUGUGCUGAGGCCAUCUACAGGUACAAACCAGACUAUUGGAUAGAUACCAUGGGUUACCCUUUCACAUAUUUCCUGGUCAAGCUAUGGCUGGGAAUACCCCUGAUUGUCUAUGUCCAUUUUCCAGUGAUUUCUGAGGACAUGUUGGGUAAGUUGCACCCUGCUCUAUCAUCUCUGGGGGGUAUUAAACAACUGCUGAAAUACAUCUACUGGUCUACAUUCAUGGCCGUAUACCACACUUCUGGAAGAUUUGUCGAUAUUGCACUUGCAAACUCUACGUGGACGAGAAAUCAUAUUCAACGUAUAUGGAGUUUCAAGCCCUCUGUGAGCAUCCUAUACCCUCCAUGCUCUACUGAAAAGUUCAUAUCGCAAGAAGACCUCAAACUGACAACAUGGAACAGGGAGAACUCGAUCAUAUGUCUUGCACAGUUCCGUCCUGAAAAGCGUCAUCAACUCAUUAUAAGAGAAUAUGCCAAGUUCUUGCGUUCGACUGAUCUAAAGAGUGCACCUAAACUUAUCCUCAUGGGAUCUAUCAGAGGUAAAAGCGAUGAAGACUACGUCCAAUCACUCAAGCUUUUGGCAGCUGAAUUGAAGGUCCCAGAUACACAUGUUGAAUUUAUCCUCGAUGCAAAGUAUCAAGUUGUUCAAGAGUAUCUCAGAAAGGUGACAUUUGGGUUAAACGCAAUGUGGAACGAACAUUUCGGCAUCGCAGUGGUUGAAUACGUGGCAAGUGGCCUUGUGCCAAUCGUACACGCAAGUGCAGGCCCCUUCCUUGAUAUUGUUGUCCCAUGGGACUCAGAAUCACACUCACAGUCAGAUGUGAGCGAUGAAACAACACGGACGGGGUUCUUCUUUAAGAGUGAAACUGAUCCUGAUGCUAAACCAACAGAUAUGAAAUUCCCAAGAUUGCAUGAAGCAUUUCAAGCAGCUUCAACAUUGACUGAUGAGGAAAAACUCUCGAUGACGAAAAGAGGUAAACAAAGCGUGCUGAACAAGUUCUCCGAUGUCAAAUUUGACCAAGGAUGGGAUUCUGUGCUUGAAAGAAUCGAUAUGAUGCAAGUUACUGGUUCAGCAUUCCCAAGAGCCCUUCUCAUUCUGCUGAGUAUGUUCGUUGUCAUUCUGGGAGUCACACUCUUCAAAAGUGUCUGA